UUGACCUGAGGUGGGGUAUUCCGAACACACAGGCCACUGAGCACCUGACCACAGAACUCUGCUUAGAAGAACUUGACCGCUGCCAGAAAACAUCCAUAGGACCAGCUUUUGUGGCCCUCCUGGGUGACCAGUAUGGCCCCUGCCCGGUUCCCCCACGGAUGGAGGAGAAGGAGUGGGAGGCACUGAGGGCUCAGCUGGCCUCUAGGCCUGGAGAACUGGAGCUGGUGGCCAGACACUUCCAGAGAGACGACAACGCCGUUCCUCCUACCUACGUCCUGCAGCCUCCAGGCUCUGUGGAGACCCCAGGACCUGAGGAGGCCACCUUGACCUCUGUCCUGAGAAUUGGAGCCCAGGAAGCCUGGAGGCGAGGCCUCAUCAGCCAGGAGCAAUGGAUGUGCUACCAUCGAUCAGUCAUUGAGUGGGAAAUCGAGAGGGGCCUCCUGAGCUCGGCGCGAGGGGACCAGGGAGCCACCGUCUUCCUGAGAGACGUGCAGGACCUCAGUAAGCACAUCUUGGACGAUUGCUCUCUGAAGAUGGUGGACCGGCUGGCGGAUGGCUGCCUGGACACCGAUGCCCAGACCCUUCUCAGUGGCCUUAAGGGGCGUAUCCUGGAUGCUCAGCCUGCAGCCCUGAAGACCCACCGCCUGCCCUGGGCCCGCGACCUGGUCAACCCCAAGAACAAGGCUCACGCUCGCUACCUGAAAGAGCUGAGUGAGCAGUUUGUGGCCAGGACCAACCAUCAGGUCCUGGAGCAGCUGCGAGAGCUGGAGUCAGCCAGACAGGAGCUGGGCUGGCUCUACCAGGAGAUCCGCCACCACCUCUGGCAGAGCACGGAGUCCACCAGGAUCUUCUGUGGCCACCAGGAGCUCCUGGCCCAGCUGGGGCAGCGGCUCAGGCAGGAUGAGGGCCGGCCCCACACUCCCUUGAUUCUCUUUGGACCACCGGGCAUUGGGAAGACAUCCCUCAUGUGCAAGCUAGCCCAGCAGGUCCCAGGGCUUCUCGGCCACAAGACGGUGGCCGUCCUGAGGCUUCUGGGGACAUCAAAGAUGAGCCUGGAUACCCGCAGCCUCCUGCGGAGCGUGUCCUUCCAGUUGUGCUUGGCAUAUGGCCUACCACUGCCCCCGAGCCAGGUGCUGGAGGCCCACUCCAGGCUGGGCCACUUCUUCCUCACGCUCCUCCACACUGUGUCCCGCAGGAACUUCGAGUCCCUGGUGCUUCUCCUGGACUCGGUGGAUGAUCUGGAUUCUACGUGCCAUUCUCGAAGGGUCUCCUGGCUGCCCCUCAAGUGUCCCCCAAGGGUGCACCUCAUCCUCUCUACAUGCUCAGGCCAGCAGGUGUUACACACCCUGCAACAGACCCUCAAAGACCCCAGCGCCUACUGGGAGGUGAAGGCCUUGUCCGGAAGUCAGGGACAGGAAUUCAUCCAGCUACUCCUGGCUGCAGAACGGAGGACACUGAGCCCAGGUCAGAGGGACGUCCUCUGGGCCAGCCUCCCCGAGUGCGGCCAUCCAGGGCGGCUGAGGCUGGCCUUCGAAGAGGCCCGGAAGUGGGCCUCCUUUACUGUGCCGGUGCCCUUGGCCACCACAGCUGAGGAAGCCACACACCAGCUCUGCAUCCGCCUGGAGGAGACUCACGGGCAGCUGCUAGUGGCCCAUGUUCUGGGCUACAUUGUAUCCUCCAGGUACGGUCUCUCGGAGGCAGAGCUGAAGGAUGUGUUGUCUUUGGAUGAUGAAGUCCUUCAGGCUGUGUACCGGGACUGGACACCACCUAGCAAGGAGCUGCUACGCUUCCCGCCCCUACUGUGGGUGCGGCUCCGCCGGGACCUGGGUCACUGCCUAGCCAGGAGGCCAGUGGACGGAUGCAUGCUGCUGGCAAUUGCGCACAGACAGCUGUCCCAGGUGAUCCAAGUUCGAUACCUGUGUGGGCCCGAGAGAGCCAAGAGGCAUAGUGUGCUAGCUGACUUCUUCUCUGGAGCCUGGAGCCAGGGAACCAAGAAACUUAUUACCCUGCCGCUCGUGGGGAAGCCCCUAAACCUGGACCGGAAGGUGGCCCCACAGCCACUGUGGUUCUCAGGCACAGUGGCCAACCGGAGGAAGCUAACGGAACUGCCCUUCCAUCUGCUGCACGCAGGCCGCUUGGAGGAGCUGAAACAGGAGGUGCUGGGUAAGAGGAACGCCGUGACAGAGCUGCGCACCACAGAAAACCAUCAGCCUCAGUGCCAGAGCUGA